CAAACCAUGCCCGUUUCAUUUCUGUCAAUAUCCAAAAUUGCAUCUCACACCAAUCAACUAACAAACCAACCCCAUUCCACGAUCUUUGCCUCUUGAAACCAUCCAACCACCACACCCAAAGAUCAUUUCCUCACAAGUCACACCCAUUUAGAAGAAGGAUUCAAAUUCAAACUCAAACUCAAGAACAUCAAAUCCCAUCUCAUGGAUUUCAUCGCUUUUGCUCUCGCCACUCUCACCACAGUACUUCUCAGACUCCUCUGCCUGAGAUUCUUCCAAACACCCCCAAUCAAGCUUCCUCCGGGCCCCCGCGGGUGGCCGAUCGUCGGAAACCUCCUCCAACUAACCCACCUCCCCCACCGCGACAUGUCGGAACUAUGCAAAAAGUACGGCCCAUUGGUGUACCUGAAGCUCGGCAGCGUCGACGCCAUCACCACCGACGAUCCCGACACCAUCCGCGAGAUCCUCCUCCAGCAGGACGACGUGUUCGCCUCCCGCCCAAGGACGCUCGCCGCCGUGCACCUCGCGUACGGCUGCGGCGACGUGGCCCUCGCCCCCUUCGGCCCCAACUGGAAGCGGAUGCGGCGGAUCUGCAUGGAGCAUCUCCUGACCACGAAGCGGCUGGAAUCGUUCGCGGGCCACCGGGCGGAGGAGGCCCGAGAUCUGGCCCGAGACGUCUGGGCCCGGGCCCGCGGGGGAAGGCCCAUAAACCUGAGGGAGGUGCUGGGGGGGUUCUCGAUGAACAAUGUGACGAGGAUGCUGGUGGGGAAGCAGUACUUCGGGGGUGGCUGUGGUGGGCGGAGCGAGGCGGUGGAGUUUAUGCACAUAACGCAUGAGCUGUUUAGGCUUUUGGGGGUGAUUUAUUUGGGGGAUUAUUUGCCAUUUUGGAGGUGGGUGGAUCCGCAUGGGUGUGAGCGGAAGAUGAGGGAAGUGGAGAAGCAAGUGGAUGAUUUUCAUACCAAGAUUAUUGAAGAGCAUAGGAGGAGAAUUGGGCAUGGGGGAGAUAUGGAUUUUGUUGAUGUUUUGUUGUCGUUGCCUGGUGAAGAUGGGAAGGAACAUAUGGAUGAUGUGGAGAUCAAAGCACUUAUUCAAGACAUGAUUGCAGCAGCAACAGACACAUCAGCAGUGACAAACGAGUGGGCAAUGACAGAAGUAAUCAAACACCCACGAGUCUUGGGCAAGGUCCAAGAAGAGCUGGACAAAAUCGUGGGUCACGACCGGUUAGUCUCAGAGUCGGAUCUAGCCCAUCUCAACUACUUACGAUGCGUGGUCCGGGAGACCUUCCGGAUGCACCCAGCCGGGCCGUUCCUAAUCCCCCACGAGUCGCUGCGCGACACCACGAUCCACGGCUACCACGUCCCUGCAAAGACCAGGAUCUUCAUCAACACGCAUGGGCUGGGACGCAAUGCCAAGGUUUGGGACAACGUGGAGGAGUUCAGGCCGGAGAGGCACUGGAGUAGCAGAGUGGAGAUUAGCCAUGGAGGCGAUUUUAAGAUACUGCCGUUCAGCGCCGGCAAGAGGAAGUGCCCUGGCGCGCCGCUGGGGGUGACUUUGGUGCUCAUGGGGCUGGCCCAGUUGUUCCAUUGCUUCGAUUGGGCUCCGCCGGAAGGAGUGGAGCUGCGAGAUAUUGAUACCAAUGAGGUCUAUGGGAUGACCAUGCCCAAGGCCCAUCCUCUGGUGGCCGUUGCUACACCACGCUUGGCCCCUCACUUGUAUCAAUAAUCUAUUUGAAAUACCAUCGUUUUUCUUGCUGCGGUAAAAUUAUCCUUACAAUGGUUAAUAAUGAAAAUAUGUCGCAGAUAAAUUAUCCUUCAAAUUUUCACGAAUGGAGUUUGUGGGUCGAACCACCCAAACAUAUUAGACCCAAGCUGAUUCAUCUUAACCAACUUAAUGAGAGUCUAUUUAUAAAUAAGACRAUAGACUUGUGACGUUAGUUACAUUUUAUA